CACCGUUGCAAAUUCUUCUCAAAUCUUAUGGAAAAACACAAUAAUUUAAUUUUACCUUUUAGGGUUCACUGUAAAAAGUGUUAAAUCAUCGAUUCCCGGAUCAAAGUAAAGAACUUGAUAAAACACACACACACACACACACACAUAUAUAUAUAUAAAUUCUCCAAGGUUUGUUUGAAUUGGGGAUUUUUUUUUGUCGAUGGGGUCAGACAAAGAAGAUGGUGUUGUUUUUCUUGAUCGAGCUUCUCGGGCUACUAGAGGCAAACGGAUGACCAAGUUGGUUGAUGAUGAAAUUGAAGAAGAUAAUGAGUUUUGGAACCAAGAGGCUUUAAAAGAGGAAGAAGACGAUACAAACUAUGUGGAAGAAAAUGAGGCUGUAGAUGUUUUUGACAGCGACUUCGAUGAAGAUGAACCUGAGGCAGAAGAGGAAACAGAUAAUGAGCCGGACGACAGGAAGCGGCCCAGGAAGAGAUUGAUAUAUCCAGGAAAGCCGAGAUCAGCACCUCCGGUAAAGCAGAGAAUGUCAUUUCCAGGAAAGGAGUUGCCAAAAAAGAAGAAAAUGAAGGUUCUUUCAGAACCUGAUAGCUCUAAUGGAGAUGACACAAAUCCCGAACAGUCAAAGUCAACACCCCAAGAAGAUCAUGAUGUAAAUGAUGAUACGGAAGUUGAGAAAACAACUAGAAAGUCAACACGAACUGCAGUUGUUGUUAGGCAAGCUGAAAGAGAUGCGAAUCGUGCAGCUCUGCAAGCAACAAUGAAGCCAAUAAAAAGGAAAAAGGAAGGCGAGGAGAAGAAGAUGACCCAAGAAGAGAUGCUUUUAGAAGCUGCUCAAACAGAAAUUAUGAACUUAAGGAACUUAGAACGGGUAUUGGCACGGGAGGAAGAAGUGAAGAAAAAAGCUAUUGUCCAUAAAGCUGUCUACACUGGCCCUCAGAUACGAUACCUUUCUAAAGACGGUUACUCGUAUCUUGAAUUUAUCAAUGGAGUGACAUUUCAGUCUCAAAUUCCUACAUCGGCCCCUCCAUAUCCGGAUAAGGCUAUCUGUGCAGUUACAGGAUUACCUGCAAAAUACCGUGAUCCUAAGACGGGAUUGCCAUAUGCAAACAAAGAGGCUUUUAAGAUUAUUCGUGAGCGGCUUGUGAACGAGAAUAGCGGCACUAAAGAGAAAAACAGCAUGGGAAUGCUGUAUGAUCUGGCCCGUGAGGAAGGUUUCACUAAGAAGAAGAGGAGAUCAAUCAACCCAAACAGCAAAGAGAACUCUUAUCUCAGAUCCUCGGCUCGUUUUCGCCAAAUUCCAGCUUUCGAAUACAUUGACUCAGAAUAGCCACAGAUAUCAUGUAAAUGAUGCAUGAUAAUGUUUCUUAUGCCGAUCAUGAUUGAACUUGGUUUUGAAGCUGAAACGGUUGAUAUUGCAGUAAAAGACUGACUGUGGUGCGUUCAGGAAGAUUGAAGAGAGGAUUAUUUAUACGCAUCAUAGUCUGGAGCAUGCUUUUCUUCUCUGUUCUUUACAGUGAUCGGCAUAAUCUGUCCUAUGAUUCAUUCUCAUUUUUUGCUUUUCUGUAAAUGUUAUGUACCACAACAUUCCAUUACAUAUAUUUGGCUGAUAGAGGUGUCAUAUACGGAGUAUUUGAAGUCUGGAAGAAUUAUGUUACAAAAUUGUACCCAAGAUUGGGACGACUAUACAGUAUACUAAUGAAAAUAAGAGCGUUUAUUUA